GCUCAUACCUUCAUUUCCAGUCCGCGUUUCCAUGAUGCCCGCGACAUCCGUUGCUCGCGGCUUAUGGAGUUGGGCGCGAUCGUUGGCCUUGGCGCUUAGGCGCCUUCGUUCUUGUUUGUCCCUGCCCAGCCCUCGCGUUUUGGAUCAAAGCGUUGUCGUAGGCAAGGGUCGACGGAAGGUUUUGGGCUUGGAAACCCGGGGGGGUGACGGGUGUCCUCUCGUUGAGCUGACGGCUCGAACAAGGGAUCGUCGAUCGAGAGAGGAUGAGGGCAUCGGUCACGACGUGAACGUUCGUGACUGGACCGUCGUUUUUCGCGUGUUCGAAACCAUACUUCCCUGUGAUGUCUGUGUCACUGUACAGCACUGUGCAGUGUCGCACAACCUAUCAGGGUUGUGCUGAUGUUAUAUAUCAAUCUCAUCUCUUCACCGGUUCACUGAUGAAAGUGCUGCCAAGGGUGGCACUCAGGGUGUCUCAGUAGCCACUCUUCAC